AUGAAGCAAGUGGGUUCUCCACCGAAACCCACAAAGCUUUACAAAGGGGUUAGGCAACGACAUUGGGGGAAAUGGGUCGCUGAGAUCCGUCUCCCUAAGAAUCAGACUAGGCUUUGGCUUGGCACCUUCGAUACAGCGGAGGAAGCCACCUUGGCCUAUGAUCGUGCCACUUACAAGCUCAGAGGUGAUUUCGCUAGGCUUAAUUUCCCACACCUCCACCACCAGGGCUCCGCCAAGUUCGGUGAUUUCAAGCCUCUUCACUCCUCCGUUGAUGCAAAGCUUCAGGCCAUUUGUCAAAACCUAGCCAAAUCAUAG